AUGGAGAAUCAAAUUGAGAAGGAUAUGAUAAGCAUAUUUACACAGAGUGUGUCCUCAAAUUUUGAAGAUGUAAAAUAUAGUGAGGAGAAGAUUAAUAACUUAUAUAAUGAUAGUAAUAAAGAAGAAUAUAUAAGAAUAUUGUUAAAAUUGAUUAUGUAUCCUUAUAAUGAGAAUAACGAGAAUAAGAAUGUUUAUGACAGUACACUAAAUAGGAACGUUAAAGUGAGUAUGCUGAUUAGUAUAAAGAAUUUUAUAAAGAAGAGUAUACAUAGUAAUUUAGAAAAUAUGGAACUAAGUACUGAUAUGUGUAUAUUUAUAAAACAUAUAUGCUUACAUGUAUUAUUAGAUAUAAAUAAUGAAGAUAUUAAAAGCUUGCAGAAAUAUUUUUUCGAGAUUUUGGUGAAUUUAUUGGAAUUUAAUAUUUGUGAUGAUUAUGAUUAUUUACUAUUUUAUAUUAUCAUUUUAUAUAUUAAUGAUUAUAAUUAUAUAGAUUUAGUACAUAUAUUUAAUAAUGAAGAAAAAAAAAAAAAUCAAGAUGCUUUCAAAAUUAUAGAAUGUAUUAUGUUAUAUAUACAGAAUAAGGAAAUCUUUCAAAAUAUAAAUCAACAUAAUUUUUUUAUGGAAUAUAAUAAAAUUUUACAAAAUCUAGAAACUAUAAAAAAUAUUAUAAUUAAUAGAAACAAUUCGUUGAAUGAUGAUAUAAUUAAUUAUAUUAAUAAUACAAAAAGGAUUUAUAAAUCUGGGGAUAAGUAUAAUUUGUUUAUGUUGAAUGAUGCUCUUCUAUAUAAUAUAUCUCCUGAGGGGGGUGUACCCACCCUGAACAAUCAUAAUAAUAAUCAUAAUCAUAAUCAAAAUAACAAUAAUAAUAAUAAUAAUAAUAAUGGUAAUUAUUAUGAUAACUUAUCAGGAGUAACAACAACCAACUUCGAUUUUAGAGGGAAGGGAACCAUAAGCAAAGACUAUAAUAAUAAUAUAAAAUCAAUUGAUACGAACACAUUAUUUCAUAAUAACAUUAUGAAUAUUUUUUCUAAUAUGGAUUGUAAUCAUUUUAAAAAAAAGUAUAUAGCUCUAAAAAUUAUAAGAAAAAUUAUUAAGAAAUAUAAAAAUAAUGAUUAUGUAUCUAAAUAUGAUCUAAAAAUUAUAUUAACACAUAUUGAAUAUCCAGUAACAUUAUAUUUUAUUUAUUUAUUUAACAAAUUAAAUGAAUAUACAAAUUAUAUUAAUUUAAAAUUAAAUACCUCAACAAACAAUUUUAAUACAUCUAAUAAUAAUAUGAUAAAUGACGAAUUAAAUAUUUGUUUUUAUAAUAUGAAUAGUAUAUUAAUGAAUAUGCAUGUAUUCUUAAAAAUCUUUUACAAUAUUAAUAUGAUAGAUUUACCAGAGUAUUAUGAGGAUAACUUUGAUAUUUUCUUUAAUAUUUUUUACACUCUCUUGUUAUAUGAUGAAGACAUUCUAAAUAAUUAUUACAACCAUUUGCAUCUUAUUAAAACGGUAUUAAAAGGAAGUGCCGUCGCACCAGCGGGGGCUCUUAAUAACAUGAAUAGAAGCAUGUCUAUAAUGAGUACCAUCCAUAAUAAUAAUAACAACAACAACAACAACAACAACAACAACAACAACAAUAAUAACAACAAUAACAAUAAUAAUAAUAAUAACAAUAUGAAGAAUACGUUUGGUAAUACUAAUGUUACUUUGAAUGAUUUAUUAAAAUGUAAAGAACACUUUAAUCAGAAUUUAAUAAAAUGUAAAAUUAUGAUAAUAGAUGUUAUAAAAAUAUUGUCUGAAAAUUAUCAAGAUGAAUCCAAAAUAUAUGUAAUAAAACUCAUUUGUUCUCUUAUACAAAUAUUAUAUAAAGAAAAGGAUAAGAUAUUAUUAUGUCAUAAUUAUAAUUGUUUAUCAUCAAGUAUUAAAUUAAUACAUCAUAUGAAUUUAGAAAAAAAUGAUUUAAAUCCUUAUAAAGAUAAAGAAUUUGUUGAAAAAGUAAUCGAACGUGUAUUAAAUCAUAUACGUUUAAAAAAUAUUGAUAUUGAUGAAAUUAUAGAAGCAGACUUAGAAUAUUUUAGACAUGAUUUAAAUAAUGUAAAUUCUUUUUCUAUACGUUCAACAUCUAUAUACUUUUUAAAAACAUUAUGUAAUAAUUAUUUUCAUUUAUGUUUUCCAAUUCUUGAAUGUAAAAUAUUAACAAAAGAUGCUUUAUUAACCUUAUCGUCUGAUGGAAUGGAUAUAACAAAUAAAUCAUCAGGAAGUAUAUUAAACAUGUCAAAUCUUAAUAAUACAGUUUCUAUUAAUAAGAAUGAUCCAUGUUAUGAAGCUUGUAAUGUUGAAUAUAAGGUGCAAUUAAUAGCUUGUUUAAAUCAUUCGAAUUUAACACAAAAUUUUUAUGAACAUAUGAUAAAGGAUCUUAUGAACCAAUUUCUUGUAACAAUAAAAAUGAAAUAUAAUAAUAUGGAUGUAUUGUGUUACAAUAUGGAAAAUUAUAAUUUUGAGAGUCCUCAAAUGAAUACAAGCAAUAAUAAUAACAUGAUUAACAUGAACAAUAACAUGAAUAAUAAUAAGUGUGUGUGGUUAAGAGAUGAUGAUAUGUUUAAUACACCAAAUUGUAUUUAUUUACUUUCGAUAUUAAAAUAUUUAUUGAAUAACAGAAACAUUUGUACGACAAAUAAUGCUUUAGAUAUUUUCCUAUUCCUACAUUUCUUAUUAUAUAAUGAAAAAAUUAUGAUACAUAAUUAUGCUUGCUUAUGUAUAAAUAGAAUAUUUAAUCAAAUAUUAAAUGAAAAUAUUUAUAAAAUAUUAUUGGAAAGUAAUAUGGUACAACGUAUAUUAAACAGAUUAUUAUUUUUAUUAAAAUAUAAUGUACAUAAUAAAAUAUUAAAUGAAUAUAUAUUAAUUACUAUAUUAAGAAUAUUUCUUAUUUUUACAUAUAAGAUAUCAGAUUUCUAUGUUAUGGUAUUAUUAAUGAUAGAUAAUAUUAUUAAACUAAUAAUUAAUGAUUCUCAUAAUCCAUUAUUUAAUCAUUAUUUAUUUGAAUUAUUAACAAUUAUUAUAUCUUUAAUAUAUAAAUCACAAGUACAACAACAUAUACAACAAAUAGAAGAUGUUAUUAUUACAACAUUCUCACAAAUUCUACAAAUUUAUAUACAUGAUUUUAUCCCUUAUGUAUUCCAAAUAUUAUCCAUUAUCGUAGAUAAUACAUAUACCAUACAAAAAAUACAUAUCAAAAUAUUAAAUCAUUUAUAUGAAAUGGAUUUAUGGAAAAGUACCAUUGGAAAUGUUAAUGGUAUUAUAUGUGUACUAAAAAGUUAUUUUAAAAAAUAUAAUAUUUUUAAUGAUAUUAUUAAAAACAACAUGCAACAAUUAUUUAAUAUUUAUCAUUAUUGUUUAUCUAAUAAAAAAUUAUACACAGACUCUUUCCAAAUUAUUCUUAGUAUAUUUACAUACUUACCUUUAGAUUCUUAUGAAUCAUUCCUAAAACCUUUAUUCGUCUUACUAUUCACUUUCUUGCAACAUUAUAAAAAUGAUAUAAUUAAAAUUAAAGUCGUUCAUUCCUUAUCCGUCUUUAUAUUGAAGACUAAUGUUGCUGUUUUUAUAACAACUUUGGACACCAUACAGGAUGGCCUAAUUUUCAAUGUCCUCAAGAGCCUGUACCUACCCAUUUUAGACAAGCUAAUAAACGUGAACGAGAAAAUUAUCAUAUUCCUAGCAUUAACCAAACUACUAAACCACGACAAAAUAAGAAACGAGCCUUUUGUUGUAGACAUAUUAAAUUCUCUAAACAAAAACAUAACCAGCAAUGAAUUGGUGUUAAAAAAAAGUAAGGUACAACAUUUAGAUGUUGAGAAAGAUGAAAUGGACCAAAAUUUUGAGGUUACAUAUGUGAAGUUACAAAUGAUCAAUAAUGAUAAUGUUAACGAGAUGGUACUAAAAAAUAUAAAUAUUAAUGAUGAACUUAAACAAAAUUUAUAUAACCAACACUUCAUGCAGAUAUGUCAUAAUAAUGCUUUUAACACAAUUCUUCAACUAUUUAAUAAUUAG